AUGGCUACAAGCAACAAUCUUCCUGCCUCGGGGAUCCGUGUUAUCGUUGUCGGGGCAGGUUUUGCUGGUCUUACUGCAGCAAUCGAGUGUCAUCGCAAAGGCCACUCAGUCCUCCUCCUCGAAUCCUUCCCAGAGUUGAAGCUCCUUGGCGAUAUCAUAAGCUUCGCUCCCAACUCUGGUAAGAUCUUCGAGCGCUGGCCGGGUGUGGACGCAAAGCUCGAUCCCAUCAUCCACAAGAGCGAUGGUUUGCUUUACAAGACGUAUCUCGGAGAAAACCUUUUCAAGCAGACUUGGACCGCCGAGGAGAGAGCAUAUGGCAAAGCGUAUAAUGGACACCGCGGUGAGAUCCAUGAGAUCGUAUAUCAACAUGCUUUAGAUAUAGGAGUUGAUAUUCGCCUCGGUCACAAAGUCGAAGAUUAUUUCGAGACAGAAACCGAAGCAGGUGUGAUCGCGAAUGGUGAAAGAUUCGUUGCGGAUGUAGUCCUGGCUGCCGACGGUGUGCGUUCGAAAGGGCGAACGAUCGUCCUUGGCUAUGAAGAUAAACCGAAAUCUUCAGGAUACGCAAUAUGGCGCUGUUGGUUUGAUUCGGCAGAACUUGCAAAGGAUCCAGACACUGCUUGGAUGGUUAAUGAUGGUGAUAAGCAUUGCGCAUGGCUUGGUCCUGAUAUCCAUUUCAUUGCUGCAUCUGUAAAGAACGGGAAAGACUUCAGUUGGGUUUGCACUCAUAAAGAUGACGCAGACAUUGAGGAGAGCUGGCAAUUCCCUGCUCCACUAGAAGACGCACAAAAAGCCUUGGAAGGGUGGGAUCCAGUACUCCAAAAGAUUCUGAAGGCAACUCCUUCGCCACUUAUCGAUUGGAAAUUGGUGUAUCGAGAUCCACUUCCCACCUGGAUCUCCCCAAAGCGGCGAACUGCUCUGAUUGGAGAUGCGGCUCAUCCUUUCCUACCAACUUCCAUCCAAGGUGCUAGUCAAGCUAUGGAAGACGGAGCUACGAUAGCUGUUUGUUUGACGAAGAGCGGGAAAGCAAACGUUCAAGAAGGCAUUGCGGCAUUUGAAGCAUUGCGAUACGAGAGAGUGAGAGCAGCACAGAAAACCGGAGAGCGAACCAGGAAGACUUGGCACAAGGCGAAUUGGGACGAGGUGAGGAAGAACCCGGAAAGCAUGAAAUUGAAGAGAGAAUCAUGGCUUUUGGGCUUCGACGCCGAGCUAUAUGCAGAAGAACAUUACGCUGCUACGGUGGCAUUGUUGAAGGAUCCGUCAAAUAAUGUGACUGCUGCAAGGGAGUAUAAUAUGCCUAGAAUGGCAGAACUCGCUGCCUCGCUGUAG